AUGCGGCACAGUAAUCAACUCCGCCUCCGGUCCAUGCACUCACAGACCGCGGACGUCAACCAGCGGGAACUCUGCACGGCUGUGUCCCAGCCACCUCGCCCGCCUCCACCUAUAUCUGAUGUCUUAGUUCCAGCGGGCGGCCUUCAGACAACCUCGGAGAGUGAAUUGCUUUCGCGGACAUCCAUUGCGCAGCCCCCAUCCUCUCCGCCACUCCGCCGCUCCGCACGUCACCCACCACCAUGGACGGGCUCGUUUUGGCAGUGCUCGGGUGGCCUCGACCGCAUCCGACACAGCCUCACGGCGACGGGGGAAACCGAGGCCAGCCAGCCACCACAUCCCCCUGCAGUCGAUCCGCCUCCUACACCGCCCCUCGCCGGACCUGCCCGCCUUCUCAAGGGGCGAAGAGUGUCUUACCGGCCGCCGCACAGCAGCCGUCAACUCGGCGCGGCGUGCUACAACACGCGCGGCACACAGCGAGUACCGCUGGCGCCGCACACGAUGGCAACAACUGGCGCCAGUGAACGCGUCGUCGCGGGGUUAGCGGCAGCGUACACACCACUAUCGAUACGGAUUACCCUGGCGGCGCUGCCCUUGCCACCAGAGUGA